GCCGUGAAAGUCUUGCGUAGCUUCCUGCGCGUGCGUCUCCUCCCGGAGGUGGCGCGGCAGUCGUCCCAAAACCAGUUCCAUGAAGCGGCCACAAAGACCGACAUCCGCUUGGCAUUGGUUGCCUCUGCCGCUGUCGAGACCGACCGACCGACCGUAAGAACAGUCGGCGCCAGCGUCCUCGCGUAUAACGGCGGCUCGCUCGCGAAGAUGGCCCCGGAGGAUUACCCACUGCGAACAGUAAGAAGAGUACCUUCGUGAGGACUACUAGAACGAGCUUCGCAAGAGACCGUCAGAUGGUCCGGACAUGCUUUUCUUUCCAUACCUCGUCAUGCUGCUGCUUUCGAUGGCCGCGGUAUCCCAACAGCAGGAGUGCAAUGGAACGUUUGCAAGACCCGCGAGACCAGAGGACCAUCCGGCAUUCAGCGAUCUCGAGCGCGACCAGUUCGAGUCAAUCACGAAUUGCCCAGGUGAAAUCGACUGCUGUGACGACGGAACUUUUUCUUGCUACAACUGGACUUACCUAACGUGCUCGUGUCGUGAGGACUGCGAGGAGUUCGGAGACUGUUGCUGGAGCUGUGAAAACAAGUCUGUGGAUGUUGACCGGGCUUCCCUGAAUACCUCGAAAUGGACUUGUACUAGCUUGGCCCUGGAAGGCGGCGUUACGAAGCACGUGUUUCUGGCUUCACGGUGCAACUCUCUGUGGCCUCUGCAAGACGACGUUCGUGACCGCUGCGAAGAUGCGAGCUUCAGCCCCGGCGACAUGUUCUUUCGCAUUCCGGUGACUAGUCGGCGGUCCAUGGUCACGUAUCGCAAUACUUUUUGCGCUUUCUGCAACUACGACCUGGAUGAGGUGAUUUUCUGGGAAGUAGCGGUCGUUGGCACCAGAAAAAAACAGAAGCUACGGCCUCCUCCCUUCAUGUCAACAAAUUUCUACAGAUAUAUGCGCCAGUGUAGUCGAUUUCCCCUAAUUGGAGACUGCCCCCAAGAGACCAAUUCUAGAGUGACGCGUUCCUGCUGGGCCUUUUUUGCGCCUGUUAUUGACGAAAUAUCCGGCUCAGCCUACUAUAAAAACGCGUACUGCGCUCGCUGCCACGGAGUCGAUCUGACCGGCGUGUCAUGCCUACCAGCUGAGAAAACAACCACGACACUCCGCGUGGAAGUGAAGAUUACCAUCAGCCUUCCGGAUCUCGACCUUUCCUCUAUAUUCCGAACGGUCGACAGGAACAGCACCUGCUUCUCUUCAUACAACGGGGUCUGCUACAUAAAACAGGUGACCUACCGCUACACGAAUGCUUCGGCACCAAACCCGAACACAGCUACCAUGAUUCGCGGCUACCUAACCAUCGUCUGCAUAUCGGUGUCGCUGUUCUGUCUGGUUCUCAAAUUAGUGGUUUACCUCAUGUCUAAGGAAUGUCGUACCUUCUCGUCUCGCUGUACCCUCUGCUUAUCUAUGACGCUAUUCUUCACUCAGCUGUUCUUCCUCAUCUUCAACGUAACAGACCUUGGCCGCGAUGUGUGCGUCGCGUCGUCUGUGGUCGUACACUUCGGCUUCUUAUCCACGGCCUUCUGGACUACCGUGUUAGCGUACGACAUCUGGAAGACGCUGAUCCUCGUCCGCCGACCAAGUGGCAACUGGAAGAGCCUCGUCAGGUACGCCUUCGCCGGAUGGGGAUCGCCUCUGGUGGUUGUCGGCAUGGCUUCCAUAUUAAACUGGACAAAGAGUGACUCACCGCUAUCUCCUUCAUACGGCACGUCUCGCUGCUUCAUAAACAGAAAGUGGAGUCACGUCGUAUUCUUUCUGACCCCGAUGUUGGUGCUUCUCCUCGUCGAUAUCGGAUUUUACCUGCACACAGUCUUCACCAUCCGAAGGACGGAGUCACAGUCUCAAAAGUUCGACUUCAAGGGUAAUGAGAAGCCUUCCAGGAUCUUGCUGUUCGUGAAGCUGGCAUUCAUCAUGGGCAUCUCAUGGCUUCUCGGUCUGAUCAGUGGGCUCGUCAACUCGCUCCUCAUGGACUGCGUCAGCAUCGUCUUCAUCGGGCUGCAAGGUGUGUUUCUGUUCUUCGGCUUCAGGGACCACAGGCACGUCUCCCAGAUGGUGUCGUCCUCCUCUUCUUUGGUCACCGGACUCUUGAGCCAUUCUCGAUCGCGAUCCUCGACCACAGCGACGACAGAUCUCGCCUUGGGCAAUCAGAUACCUACUAUCCUUGGCAGUAGUCACGACCGUCGGACGUCGGAUGACGUGGCCUCCGCUUGAUCCUAUGUGCACAUUAGUGACAAACGCACGUGUCAUGCCAUUGACUGUCUUGCUUGCCAAAAAAUAUGUGUGUAGACGAUGUAGACCUCUUCUCAAAGCAUUAGGCCCAGAGAGUCCAGACUGUGUGCGAUAUGUAUGUUCGUUGUUCUACUAUAUAAGAGAGAGAAUGUUUUAAUGUGAGAAAAGUAUAAGCGCGAAAAGUUCCACACACCAGGCAUAACGUCACUGCUUCAGGUGUUAGAGCAGCGCCUUAGUAAACGGUAUACAAGACUGCCGUCAGUCCUUAUCGUUUUUCUAUAGGAACCUGCACAAUAAGUUACGAGAAUGUGGAAAAAGAGACAGCGGUUGUUCCUGUAAUGCCGCUCUUUGUAGCAAUACAACGAAACUGUGUGGUGCGAAAUGCGGUGGUAACCCCAGCUAUACGAGCCCCUGGCUCAACAGGUCGCGAAUGUGUUAUCAUUGUCGGGAAUAACUUCGAGUAUGGUAUGCGCACUACUUCCUCUUCAACUGUCACGCUUGUACAGUUUGUUUCAUGUGCCGUUGUGAACACUUGUAUCAUUACAUUUUUGUUUGUGACGGUUCGCGUAGUUCUACCUGAAGCAGCUUGUAUAUAAUGAUAUAUGCUGUAUUCCCUUCAUGUUUCCUGCAGGAUUGCUUCCGCGUUUGAGUAAGGUAUAAGUCACUGAAGUAAAGAUAGUCGUCAAGCAUAGUUUGGUAAAAAAAAAGGCUUUAAGCCAGGUGAUUUACCUGGCGCUGCUUCGAAGUAUCGGUUUCACUGUGAACGAUGUACAUAAAGUACACAGAUGCCCUGAGAUGUCAGGAAAUUUCGGACAUUUCCUGUGUCCCCAACGACUGUUAUUCACUCUUAGAAAUCGUCGUUUGGCCCUAAGAUUAUAGUUCAUUCUAGAUUUCAAUCCUCGAAAAAAACUUGUCUAACUGGUCUAACUUGUCUGCGCUGCAUCCUGAUGUUCUAUUACACACACUAUAUACGUGUCCCGCAGUGUCAAUGUUUCAUUAUAUUAUUUUUCAUGUCGUAAAAUAAGGGUAAAUAUAUGUCCUCCUUAGGCAUUCGAAACUGAGGCAUGCAGUGUUCGAACAAUAUUGUGUUUCAUGCGAUGUCAGGGCGUGCACAAAUGAAUCACUGCUCCUUCCAGAUGACGCUGUAUUUAUUCCAUCGUAUAUACAGUAUUAUAGAUUUUACAUCUGGGGCAUUUACAUUUUACUCGCGAUUUGCAGCUCAUUCUUGCGUGGCAAUACGUGCCUGAAGAAAUGAGCCUGCUGAUAUAUUAGAAGAAAUUCAUGAUCCCCGUGGCAAGCCGUUGCCAGUAGAAGAAAAAAAAAACUAUCCGCCGCAUUUGCAAACCUCUGUUCGUAAGUUCUGUUUGCCAUUAGGCGGCCGCCUUAACUGAUGAUAUAUGUCCGACAUCAGGAUAAGCUGCCAUCUGCUCUUACAUAGUACUAGCGUGCUAAAUUUUUGAUGAACAUGGACCCAGAGGUCAACGCCAAGAAUUGCUUCUGAAUGAGUCUGCGAACUCAUAACUUUCUCAUAAUUGCUCGUUUUUUUUUUCCAUCCGCGUAUACAUGGUGAACUAUUCCCCUAUUCUUUGUCAGCUUGUUAAUGUUACACUGGCAAUGACGAGGUUAUUACUGUCAUACAUUUGCCUCCUAGGCUAUGUGAACGUAUCUAGUCAAAACAUCUUUAACGUAGUCAUGGCAUACACAAGACAUGAAGUAGAUAUUGUUUUGCAUAGUUUUUAUUCUAGAUUUCUUUAAACGCCCGUGUAGCGCUUGUGCAGGUGAACGUUGUGUUGUGUCGAUUCUUUGGUUGUGUGUUUGUGUGUGUGUAUGUGUCUGUGUGUGUUUCAAGAGCGUGGCGUGUUUCAAGAAGUCAUAUUCUACUCAUUAAAGGACACCUUAUCUGUUUCAGAAGUGUGAUCAAAUGGAUUUUACUGUCUUUUACUCUUUUCGUAGAAGUGAAUGAAAAUAAAACGUUUAUUGACACGUGGGAUGUAGGCUGUAUCUGUAUGAGGGAAAUAGAAGGAAGAAGAGGAGCACCAUCUGCGUCCACAGAGCUCUUCGUUCGUAACACUGCUUUUGACCAGCUGCCUCAGCUAAUUGCACAUUCGCUAUCACGAUUGUCCGGCGCCGGUUCUUACGUACCACCUUUGCGUACCUAUACUGUUGUGUUGUGAAUACGGGCCCCGCGGGGCUCAAUUCACAAGGCUCUUCGUUUGCAAGGGCCCUUUGUCGUCAGCAGGCAGCUUUCGCUAAUAAUUUGUUCACUGCCAUAAUUGGCCGGUGCCAACUAUUAGCGACGGCGAUGUCUCAUCCCCAAACGCUUCUUACGAACGAAAAUCUUUCUAAAUGUUCUCAAAGUUUUUUCCAAGAAGGCGAGCGUCAAUAAAGAAAUAUAUUGUGAGUAUACCAAGUGUGCUGAGAGUGUUUAUCGGUGCUAUUGGCCACCUUGAGAGUGCCGAAAAGAAACAUUCUCACUCCAGAUUGUUCUACCGAUGUUGUACAGGGCGUUCCAACUCGCUGUGCA